AUUUGUCGUUAGUCGGGGAAUGAAGAUUCGCCUCUUUGGUUGCGCUGGUUGAGAACGAGAAAGAUCACCACCUCCCCCAGCUUGCCGUUAUCGUCGUCGACGUCGUCGUCACCGCCGUCGUUUUUGCCAACGUCCGUCCGCCAGUCUAUUCGCUAGUCAGUCUAGGUGCUGCGCUGUUGGCUUCCGGUGAGGCGCGUUUUUUGAUGUGAACCAGUCGUUUUGCACUCUGCAGCGUGACCGAAAGCUCCGAGAAAAAUUCGCGCGGCACGGUUUCAAAAGUGCGCUCCGAUAAUCGGCCCCGCGAAAAAAAAAACUGGUUGGUGCUCCGUGUGGUUCGUUUCUUCUUCGAUCUCGAUCUCGGGCGCGUGUGAGAGGUGUUGAGAACAUUAUUGUGUGCUACCCUUAGUUGAUGUAAUCAAAUAAACCUUUCAAAAUGCACGGAGGAUUUGAUCCAGACAAGAACGACACCGUUUCGCUGCGAGACAAAGUCACUUUGAACAAAAAUGAAAAAUGGCGAAUUUUGAAGAACAUCAGCACGGUCUCGUUCGCUUUCAUGGUGCAGUUCACGGCCUUCCAGGGAACUGCCAACCUUCAGUCGUCAAUCAACGCCAAGGAUGGCCUGGGUACGGUGUCGCUUAGUGCGAUCUACGCCGCCCUGGUGGUAUCCUGCAUCUUCCUGCCCACGCUGGUGAUCAGGAAACUAACGGUCAAAUGGACUCUCUGCGUGAGCAUGCUGUGCUAUGCUCCGUACAUCGCUGCCCAGUUCUAUCCCACGUUCUACACGUUGGUCCCGGCCGGGAUAAUGGCCGGUCUGGGUGCGGCGCCCAUGUGGGCCAGUAAAGCUACGUACUUGACCCAGCUGGGUCAGGUUUAUGCCAAGCUGACGGAACAAUCGGUGGAGGCUAUCAUCGUGCGGUUCUUCGGGUUCUUCUUCCUGGCCUGGCAAACUGCCGAACUGUGGGGAAACUUGAUUUCCAGCUUGGUUCUUUCCAGUGGAGCUCACGGAGGUUCCUCGGUAAGUCACGACAAUGAAACGUCGUCAAUUGAGGAGGCGUUGAACAAAUGCGGAGCCAACUUCUGUGUGGCGGGAACCGACGAUAAUGCUAACCUGCAACGACCACCAGACAAUGAAAUCUACGAAAUUUCAGCUAUUUACCUGUCGUGUAUCGUUGCCGCCGUCAUUGUUAUCGCCCUGUUUAUGGAUCCGCUUUCCCGAUAUGGUGAGAAGCGUCGUGGUUCCAUCUCCGCAAUCGAAGUGUCUGGUGUGCAGCUUCUGGCGGCUACGUUUAAGCAGCUCAAGAAGGUCAACCAGCAGCUUCUGAUCCUGAUCACGGUGUUCAUCGGUAUGGAGCAAGCCUUCAUCGGUGCGGAGUUCACCCAGGCGUACGUGUCAUGUGCGCUGGGUAUCAGCCAGAUCGGCUACGUCAUGAUCUGCUUUGGCGUGGUCAACGCAAUCUGCUCGAUCAUCUUCGGAUCGAUCAUGAAGUACAUUGGCCGCAUUCCGAUUAUUCUGCUGGGUGCUCUCGUUCACGGUGGAGUGAUCAUCUACUGCCUGUUCUGGAAGCCGCAUCCGGAUCACGCGUUCGUCUUUUUCGCCAUUUCCGGAUUGUGGGGAGUGGGAGACGCCGUGUGGCAAACCCAAAUAAACGGUAUCUAUGGAGCACUUUUCCGACGAAACAAGGAAGCUGCCUUCUCUAACUAUCGGCUUUGGGAAUCUGCUGGCUUUGUGAUUGCCUACGCUUACUCUACACAGCUGUGCGCGCGGAUGAAGCUCUACAUUCUUUUUGCGGUUUUGGCUCUUGGCAUGGUGGGAUACGGAAUUGUAGAAAUCCGACAGAUUUCAAAGGAACGACGCCUCAAGAAGCUGGAGGAAACGCCCAAACAACAACACAGCGAAGCCGAUCGCAAGGAGAUCGAAGAGGACGACGAGAAGGAUGAACUCGAGGAGGACAUCAUCGUUACGCAUCUGUAGAGUUACCACGUUCGACGUGAAUCUUAAAAUAUGCCGCAGUGUUUUUUUUUUGUAAUUUGAUGCUUCUGUCGAAGCAUCGUCGAAUGAUUCCUAUUUAGAAUUAAUUAAUUUCUUAUUUAAAGAAAAAAAGUUUACACAUGGAUCGCACAUUCAUUGUUCAACCGGACGUUGACCAUUCAAUUCGAUUUGUAAUCUAGCUCAUUUGGAAUAUCUCCAAAACUAAAAAAAAUAUUAUUGUAAAUUAAUGGCACUUACAAGCAAAACAAAAACAAGAAACAAACGCACAAAAUUCCAUUGCAUGAUGCCAAUCUUUCAUUCCAACACUGAAAAAACCUUAAAGUGAAAGUUUUUCAAGUGGCUAUAAUUUCCAGCAUCACCACCACCACCAACACACUGUAGAAAUAUUUGUUCAUUUACUAUUAAUCUCACGCAGCUGCUAUUUGAAGCAAGGAAUUUAUGCUUACAGGUAAUACCUACAGAUAGAUCUCAUUUGAGCAGGUUUCCUUUGUCGCAUCGGUUGAUUGAGUGAUUGAAGUUAGAACAGUAGGUGAUUUCAAGCCGAGUUUUUACAGAUUGCUGUAAGCCCAGAUUGCCAACGAUGUUAUUAUCAUAGGAAAAACAAAAUGUAAAUAAAAGUAGCUCUGUACACACA